AUGGAGGACUACUGGCGCUUCCUGGCGCUGCUCGUCUCGGCGCUGCUCGCCGGCUUCGUGUCCGUCAUCUUCGCCCUCGUCUGGGUCUUCCACUACCGUGAGGGGCUCAGCUGGGACGGCGGCGCGGGCGAGUUCAACUGGCACCCGGUCCUCGUCGUCACCGGCUUCAUCUUCGUGCAGGGCAUCGCCAUUAUUGUAUAUAGAUUGCCCUGGACCUGGAAAUGCAGCAAACUCCUGAUGAAGUUCAUCCACGCUGGGUUAAAUACCAUAGCUAUGAUUCUUGCAAUUGUUUCUAUGGUCGCCGUGUUUGACUACCACAAUGCCAGCAACAUUCCCAACAUGUAUAGCCUGCACAGCUGGAUUGGGCUGACUGCUGUGAUAUUUUAUUCUCUCCAGCUUUUCCUGGGUUUUGCAGUCUUUCUACUCCCUUUUGCUCCAGUUCGUCUUCGAGCAGCUCUCAUGCCAAUACAUAUUUAUUCAGGCCUGCUCAUCUUUGCAACAGUGAUUGCAUCAGCUCUUAUGGGAAUCACAGAAAAGCUUAUAUUUUCACUGCAAAAUCCUGCAUACAGGGAAUCUCCCCCAGAGGCCAUUUUUGUCAACUGCCUCGGCCUUCUGAUCGUAAUCUUUGGUGCGCUGGUUCUGUGGAUGGCCAGCCGGCCCCACUGGAGACGCCCCCCUGAAGAGCUGCCCAAAGCUCCGCGGCCCAAUGGAGGGGCUUCCGAAGGCACCGAGGCCGAAUCCACCAUGACCGACUGCAGCAACGCAGAUAAACCCGACGUGGACUUCAACAGCGAAGCGGCCAGAAAACGAAACCUCAAGCUUGAUGAAGCAGGCCAGCGAUCAACGAUGUAAGGGAAACAUACAGUGUUAACAGCACUAUUACGUUGCCAAAAAUACUUCUGAUUCACUUUCACCGAUAUAGAAAUAGGCUGGGCUUGCUGAAAGUUAUUCAAGAUCUCAGCACAUGAAUUUGAAUUCCAGUAACUUCUAAAUAUUAGUUCAUGCUUAAUCCUCAUUAAGUAAAUGAGAGCUGGAACAAAAAAUAUGCCAAGUUUAAUGCCUUUAAAAGUAGGUCUAAUGGGAAAAUGUCUGUCACUUCUAAAUGUAAUGCCCAUAUCUCUUAUGAAAAGUUAUUGAAACUAUAUUUUUCUGAAUCUUACAGGUAAGAGUGAGAAUUGUAAGUGAAUUUCAGAGAAGAGAAUUUAGUGGUUAGCAUUAAUUCCUGAUAAUGUUCAUGUUCUAAAAGGCUUGUUUUCUAAGCUGAUGAACCCUCUCACUGGCUGCUAAAAAUCUGUGGAAUUUGAGGUCAUCAGCACUUUGCAGAGUUGCACUGUAAAAAUUUCUAGCCUCAGAUUUUAAAUUUAGGUAAAGAAACAGUUUGCCUAAAAUUUUCAUGAAAUGUUAUGUUGUUUUGAAAAACAUUUACAUUGUUUAUCAGAUUUUAAAUUUUGACCUUUUUAACUACAUUGGGUACACUGCUGUAUGAGCAUUUAGCUUUGGAUGUGGGUGAUUGUCGCUGAGGUGCAAAGGAAAUGGUGAGGUAGCAAAGGCAGAAUUCGUCUUAUUUGGACAACUACAGAUACUUAUAUACUAUAUAU